GACCACAAGCAAUAUGGCUUAUUAGGCUUGGACUCGGAAAAGGAAAAACAUUGGAAGAGAUCCAGUCAAUAUCCCAAUUUGUUCUAGAAGAUAGUCAAAUAAUUAAUGAAGAAAGAAAGUGGGAAUCUCUAGAAUCGCUUAAAAUAGUUGAGUUAGCAGAACAGCAAUCUUGUGUCGAACAUGGGCAUGGAAGACGCUGGAAUGCACCUAAUUAUCAAGUCGAAGAUGUUGUAUAUAUAGAUAUGAAGGAAUAUUAUCUAGCAAGCAUACGUGUGGCAGUGAAUGGAGAAUCGCCACAAAAUGAUAUUAUAGAAUUUGCACAAGCAAAAGGCUGGACUCCUAUCGUACUUCUACGAUAUCUUCUUGAAGCAGGUAUCCUAGAAAGUGUAACUAUAGAAGAAGCCAUUAUUUCUCUUACCAAGCAGACAAAAGUAUGGUUGCCUAAAAAUCAGGAUAUAAGUUGUGCAAUCAUAGAAAAGUUCACACAAGGAAAUAAAGUUGAAGAAAAACGCCUUACUCACCGGGUUGUAAUAGACGAAGGUGAACUUGAUUUCUUGAUCCAGGAUUGCAUUAAAGAAGGAACAUAUACAGUAGUAAGAAUCGCAACAGAUUCUAUAUAUAUACAAAGAGAGGCCUUAUAUAAGAUUGAAAAUGUAUCUGCCUUCUUUAAGCAAGUUAAGCAAAAGAUUAGCUAUCCCAAAGAUUCAGUAAAUACUAAAUCGGUUAAAAUAUUCCAAAAAACUAAAAUGCCUUUAGCGGUAGAAGAAUAUUUUCCAUGUAGCAAACAUAAACCAUUUGUUUGUCAUGAUUGCUUUUGGGAUUGGUAUGCUCAUAAAGGUUUUGGGAGAGUUAUCCCUGAUAAGAAGCCAUCUAGCAAUACUAGAGAAAAAAUUCAUAGUCCAGAUCCUAAUGUUGUAUACUGGCCAAAAAAUAGGCAUUGGAAAUUGAUUAAAGAUAUUACCGAAAGUACUGUACCAUCAAUUCAUGAUCCUAUUACAAGAUCCCAAGUUUCUUAUCUCAAUGGAGAUGGUGGUUCUGGAAAAACAACACGUGCAAUUCGAAUCUUUAAAGACAUAAACAUGGUAGUCUUUACUCAUACAAAUGUAUUGCUAAAGACUUUUAAAAUGACCGUAAG